AUAUGAGACAAAAUCGAUAUUGCCUUAGAGACAAUAUCAACAUAAACAAGUUACGUAACGAGGCUAACGAUCCACUUCUAAACGAUCGUCACGAUCGGCUCAGACUGUUCGCUCGCUCGGACGUAUCCAAGAAAGUGUUAAAACGAGAAAGAUGUCACGAAAGAGCAGAGAUUUCAUGUUGAACUUCGUAUCAGAUUUAAUGAACCCGACUGUGGAGGAAGAUACUUUGAUUCGAUCUUUAAGGCAGAACUUUGGGGAGAAUAAAGAAAAGCCUAAGAACAAAGACAAUCUAACCAGCUAUAGAUUUAAUGAUGUGGAGAAGAACAAGCAUGAUAAACGAAUAGGUUCAGAUUCCGGAGAGUCUGUGCUUCAUAUUGCCGUCAGCCGUCAGAGGAAUAAAGUUGCCAAGAAAAUAUUUGAAUGUGAACCAAGUUUAAUCAACUGUGAUAGAAAGGAUGAGGACUAUCGUGGACAGACGCCUUUCCACAUUGCCAUAGCCAUGGCCAAUCCUAAGACGGGUGCUGGGCAAGAUCUGGUGGAAGCCAUGACUAAAACACUCAAAGAUAAUUAUAUGCUCAAAGAGGCGAUGGAAUGUAGAGUUUCCGGAAAGAAAUUCAGAGGUACUGUUAUGUUAGGAGGGACACCUUUGUCCAUUGCUGCUUUGGAUAAUAAUGAAAAUAUUGUUGACCUUUUUCUUGAAAAUGGCGCUGAUCUAAAGGACUCGGACAGUUUUGGGAAUACAGUUUUUCACUCGAUGGUCCUAUACGCAUCUUUCUACCCAGAGAAGGAGCAAGAUAUUCUGAGGAUGUUUGAAAAGUUGGCAAAUCACAAGCAAUCGAAGUGCAGAGAAAAUGUCCAACGAGAAAAUGCUCGAAAGAUAUCAGCACUCCAUCUUGCUGCUGAGCUGGGUCUGGACAACGUGUUUAGUCACAUCCUUGAACUGAAGGAUGCAUAUAAGUUCUUCUCUAAUCAUGACGGCGUUUUUGAUAUCUACAAAUGUGAUAUAACAGAGCUUGAUAAGGCAACCUGGGAUAGAGCCGUUCUACAGAAGUCACCUGACUACAGGAACACAGAACACAGAGCUGAGGGAUUGCCUAAAGGCAGGCAGGACUGUUGGAUAGUAAGCUAUUGGAAGAAUCGGAGACAAAAUACCAACCAGAGUAUUUUGGAAAACAUUUGCAGUUUGGAGUCAACCACGGCAUAUGCGUUUCUGAACAACUACACAGUCCGAGAAGUUUUGUUCCUGAAGUGGAAGCAGUACUCGCUCGUCUACUACCUUUUCCUCGUUCUUCAUCUGGCACUAAUGAGCAUCCUAACCUGGCAUUUGGAUCUCAAAGUUGACGCCAUCAUGUAUCCAGACAAGGCACAGAAGCAAACCUUGGUGGGUUUUAGUAUCUUCUCAAUCGUCAUAAGUCUCCUCUAUAUCAUUUUUGAGUUACACAGGAUGUUCAUUUCUUGGCAACCCUUCCAUCUAACAAAACUGCAUCACAAUGGAGUGUACCGAUGCAUUUUUGUGCUAUUUGGUUUUGCAUUACUGAUAGACGCGUCGUGGAAUGUUGGAACUGCUAAAAACAAUUAUUGUCUGGUAAUAGCAUUGAUCCUUGGUUGGUGGUCAACAACCUUCUUCCUGCGUGGAAUCAAGCCUUUGAGCUACAUAACACUGAUGUUACAAAAGGUCCUCUUUGGAGAUAUGGUGAAGUUUAUACCAAUCAUUUGCAUAAUGAUGAUAGCAUUCACAAGUGCAAUGCGCAGUUCCAUGGCCAUGACUGCACCUGACUCAUUCGGAAAUUUCGCUAUCAGUCUGAUUACCAUGUUUAAGCUAAUGACUGGCCAGGCCGAGAUAGAGGGACUUGAGGGAGCAGCAAUACAUGGAUCUGUCCCCAUAUUUGUCUUGUCGGUGAUAGUCAUCCAGAUAUUCCUCCUCAACAUCCUCAUCGCAAUUAUGUCCACCACGUGUGAAAGCGUCGAGAAUUCAAACAAGCUCUUGUGGCUUCAGAGAUUGUCCAUUGUCAUAUUCAUAGAAGGGAUACUACCAAAAAGGCUGAAGUCACCCAUGGGGAAGGAGGAUAAGACAGAUUCUAGCAGUACCAGAUAUCUUCUCGAAAUUGACCGCUUGAGAGACGGAGAAUCCAAUUACAACAAGACCUUUGAGCAGAAUGGCAAUGCAAAUCUUACAGCAACACUGCGCAACCUCCUGAACCAAUCCAAAGUAGGGGAGACAAUAGCACGCUCCGACAACGGAGCGCCCCCUGUCCAGUAUCUGGUCAUUGAUAACUAUGGAAAGAGCAAAUAAACAAAUACAUAAGAGGGGACAGUAUUGUAAACAUCGUUCCGAAAAGUCACUAGCAAAGUCAAAAUCCGUAUCUGUGGGGAAAACCUUGAUAUGGCU